AUGGCUAUGCUUGCUGCAAAGUCCCCUUACCCUACACCGUCGCUCGGCGGAGGCCCCUCUCAGUCGACCUCCCAGUACAACGCCGCGAUGAACAACUACCGCAGCCACACGUCAGCUGCGCGCGCCGACCAGACCAUGUUUGCCUCGCCCACCAAUUCCGACUUCUCCGAAAUCUACGACGCUCCUGAUGCCGUCCGGAACUGGGAUGAAGACAGGGUCGUUGACUGGCUGAAAAGCAUCAGCUGCGCCCAGUACAUCGAGCUGUUCCGAAUGAACAACAUCAACGGCGAGAACCUGAUGGAGAUGGACCAGACACAUCUGCGAGACAUGGGCAUCAAGAAGGUCGGCGACCGCGUGCGCAUCGGUUCACAAGCAAAGCAGCUGCGAAACAAGGAGCUGAAGAAGGGCUCACGGCGGAUAUCGAACAGGCAGUCACUCGCCACCCUCGACCAGUCCGCAUACACGCCACCCUCUGGCUCGCCACGGCCCUUGCACUCGGCAACACGCGCUGCUCAGGCCAGCUCGCGAAGCGAGAAGCGCAUGUCGCGCCAAAUCACAACCGCCGAGAUGAGCUAUGCCUAUGGCACCAAGUCGCCAUCACGGCCCAGCUCGCCUCUUGUCGAUCAAGAGAACCGCAGCCUCCGCUCCCAGCGGCAAGGAGGUCUCAACAGCCCCAAGGACCCUGCCAAGACGUACGGCGCCCACCCUCUCAGCGCCCGCUAUGCGCCAAACCAGCGGACCACUCCCACAGAGACCCCACAGACGGCGCGGUUCGCGAACCACGUACGGGCCAGCCCCAGUGUGGACAGUGCAACCAACAGCAUUAUCCUCCCUCAGGACAAGGCCUUCAUCCGAGUCAUCUACGACGGGGGCCGAACAUCAGUGCUCAACAUUGAAGGGUGCAAGACUGCCGAGGAGGUCAUGCUGAAGACCCUGAGGAAGGGCACACUCAACGAAGCGCACGUCAAGAACUACUGCUUCUACAUUCUCAACAGUGCCGAAGCGGACCCGUCGCUUGCGGAGCGCCUGAGUGACAUUGAGGUUUUCCGGCUCGUGAAAGACUCGAAUCGCCACGAGCGCGGACGGCUGAUACUACGCAAGGUGCACGCCGGCGAGCCCAGCGAGGAACAGCUUGCCGCUGCUGCCAGCAUAUACGCACAGCAGACCUUUCAGCAAACGCAAACCUCGAACAUCUACGUACCGGCCACCAACAGAAGUCAGCUCAAGAUCGAGAAGCUUACGGGCGAGUCUCUUGCAGCUGUCAGCUACCCCCUUUCACCUGCCUCGGCACGAGAGCGUGAGAGGCACAUUAAUUCGACCGCACAGAACCUGGAGGGGCCUGAGAGCUCCAUGCGAUCUCCAGUCUACCAGGCCCGCGCACGCAAGCUCAAGCAAUUUUACGGUGCCCGGCCACCCAGUGAGCUGAUCACCUCCGACCUGACGUCCUACUUCCCAGACGUGCAGAAAGAUGAGAUCGACAAGACCGUUCGCAUGUCUGUCCGCCGCUCGCGUCGCCUGAGUAAAGCUGCGUCCCGCCUCUCGAUGGCGUCAAACUUCAGUGUAGCUUCUAGCCUCAAGGAUGCACCACCCCUUCCAUCCAUUGCCGACAGCUGGCUGCAGGGUGGCAACCAAGCUCGUCCUUUGCGGCCACUAUCGGUCAUGAGGCUCGGCUUGCCGUCGCAACACGGCUAUCGCGAUUCGAUGGCAUCGUCAGUGCUGGAACCACUCGACGAGGAGUCGCCGCUGGAGCCCAAUCGCAAGUCGUACGUAUCAUUCGGCGACGGCAGCGGAUCAGACACUCUAGCUGUGACAGAUCCGGAUGGCAACACCAGCAUGCAAUCAUACUUUGACGAUGGUGGCAGCAGUCUUGCUGGCAGUAGUACCGACAAUACAGAGAACGGUGACUCACUCAACAAGCGCCUUUCUGAAGCCAUUGCUGAAGAUGGCGAAGAGUACGACGACGAAUUGACGGAGUACCUUGAGCAAGAUUCAUGGGAGAACGUCAAGUACAUGAAGGGAGCACUCAUUGGACAGGGUUCCUUUGGUAGCGUGUACCUCGCGCUGCACGCCGUGACUGGCGAGCUCAUGGCUGUCAAGCAAGUCGAGCUACCUUCGGCAGCGGGUACAGCGCAGAUGGAUCAGAGAAAGACCAACAUGGUCGAGGCAUUGAAGCACGAGAUUGGUCUUCUUCGUGAGCUCAAGCACAAGAAUAUUGUGCAGUAUCUCGGCUCCAAUUCGGACGAGAGCCACCUCAACAUUUUCCUGGAGUACGUUCCAGGUGGAUCGGUUGCAACCAUGCUGAUCAACUACGGACCCUUGGGCGAGUCGCUUAUCCAGAACUUUGUCCGCCAAAUCCUCACCGGUCUGUCAUACCUCCACUCAAGAGACAUCAUCCACCGCGACAUCAAGGGCGCAAACAUUUUGGUCGACAACAAGGGCUCUGUCAAAAUCUCUGAUUUCGGUAUCUCAAAACGUAUCGAACAGUCAACGCUGGGUGGUAGCAAGAAGGGUGCUCAACGCGUGUCGCUGCAAGGUUCCGUCUUCUGGAUGGCACCGGAAGUCGUUCGUCAGACAGCUUACACUCGCAAGGCCGACAUCUGGUCGCUGGGUUGUCUCAUCGUCGAGAUGUUCUCAGGCAGCCAUCCUCACCCAAGCUUGACCCAGCUCCAAGCUAUCUUCAAGAUUGGUGGCAGCGGCGACGCAAGUCCCACCAUCCCCGACAACGCCGGCGACGAUGCUCGUGCCUUCCUAUCUCAGACCUUCCUCAUCGACCACGAGAAGCGGCCCAGCGCUGAUGAGCUGCUUGCAAGUCCCUUUAUCACGAAUCAGGGUGCGUAA